AUGGAUCUCUUUGCCUCGCACUACGACUUGAAGGAGCACAGCGUUACUUGGGCAACAGACGACCUCCUUACCCUCAUCAACAUGUGCAAGAAAUAUGAAGCCUAUUUAAACCUCUCCGCUCAUGACCCUGUCGCGAAGAUCGUGCAAGCUGUCAGCGAAGGCCGCAACCCCCCUUUUUCUUCGGAGAUGAUUGAAAGCUGCAAAGCAGCUCAGACCUCGCAGAGCUUCAAAGUGGACCACCGCUUCCUUCUCACAGAGAAGAACCUGGUUUACUGCUCCCUCACCCAUGCGCCUGUCCCCCAACGUUUGGCUCUAAGACAGCGAGCCCAGACACAGGGAGGGGAGCGUGUACUGGCAGUGUUAUUGCGUUAUGGCGGUGAAGACAGUAAAGAUUUUGAGUCUGAAGUAUCUUUUUGUCUCCGAGUGUGUCCGCCUUUAUCUGCAUGUACACCUGAACGUCUAUGCAGCGAAUUAGCAGCAAUAGCAGAGCAUCUCGCAGCAUUAGAGACACCGGACUUCAGUACAGCAGCAAGAAUAGAGAGGAGACACCUGGAUGAUAUACAAGCCUUGCAAAGGGAAUAUGAUAUAAACCUCCGCAACCGAGUUGAAACCCUAAAAGAGGCUUUACAAGCAGCAGAAGCUCUGGUGGUGGAGCAGCCAAUUGAAAUCGCAGCGAGACGCUACAACUUCACGCUGGCAUUCCCCUCGUUGCGACGGAAGCAGGCAGAUAAGAAACAAGGAGAUGCAAACAUCUCCUUGACGUUUAAAUAUUCUGUUCUGCUGCAGAGAGAGGUUUGCUUUAGGGUUUAG